AUGAGCUGUCCCUACCCUCUCCCCCCAACCGACAGGCAACAGUCGCCUCCUGCUGCAGCCAAGGGAGGGAGCCUCAGCAGGCAGACGCUCGGUGGAGAGUGUCCACGGUUCUCAGCACGCCUGACCGGGGACCCUGAGCCAGCCUGGCUGGCAGGUGCUCACCCUGUCCAGGGCUACCCACCCGAGAUCUCAGGAAUGUGCCAGACCCGGGAAGCCCGAAGCUGCUGCGAAGCUGACCAGGUGCCAGGAGGGCGGGGCGAGGACAUGCUUCGAGGCAGACGAGGCAAAGGCAGCAACCCCACGUGGAAGACGCCCCGGCUGACGCGGGGGCCCGGGGGGGCCCAGCGCUCGGCCGGAAGCAGUCGGCGUCCUCUGCAGGGUGCUGGAGCUCCGGCCAACCUCCGUACAGCAGUUUGGCCCUGCUGGCACCCCAUCAGCUUCCUCACCACCUGCGACACCAAAGCUCGCUGGUUUACCCACACGCGAGUGAACCCGGGGCGCGCGCGUGCGGCACGCGGCUGUGUGCUGGCGCCCGAGGCCUUCCUGCGGCAGAAGGGACGGGGCCCUUCUAGAAGGGCAAGUGCGACCGCUACCAUCAGCCUUCACGUGUCCUAUCUCGCCUUCAGGUGCCACAGUGGCAUCUGUGGUCCCAGGCUGAGCCCCAGAAACCCCGAUCAGCGUCGGGGAGACAGUGGGCAGACUUCCGUCCCCUGCUGCGGCCAUGGGCUACUGCUUUGGCCUGCGUGCCAGGCUCCCUGCCCACCCAGCCCCUCCCUGCCCGUCGGAGCCAAGUCGCCUGUCAACGACAACGUGAAACUCCAAAAUGAGGCGAGGAGUCCGCAUCUCGGGAAGCCGCGGGCCGGCCUGGGGAACCGUAUCUGCUCCGCUCCGCCGGCUCCAUCGCGCCGCCUGGUGGCCACGGCCGGCGCUGCGCCCUCCGCGCCUCGCUCCCGAGCUGCCGCUCGGCCGCCGGCGGGCGCGGGCGCCUCCCUCGCCUCGCGGCCCAGAGCCCCUGUCCGGGAGGCGUCGGUGAGGGCAGAGGAAGGCGGAGCGAAACGGGAGUGCGGCGCCCAGGGGCACGGGGAGGGGCGGGGCAUCCACCGGCGGGAGUUGAGGGUUCCGGACCCUGAGCCUCCUCGUUUCUCCCCCGGCCCCCGGCCCCUGAGCUUCCUUGCCCCCUCUACCCCGGCCCCCGCCCGGACCCUCCCAGCCCUUACCCCCAACUCUCUGCCCCUUUCACCCCCGACCCCUCCACCCCUACCCCCUUCCAUCCCCUCCCCCGACCUAGAGCCGCCGCUGCCCCCUCCGAUCCCCGGCUCGCCCCGGGCCCGCCGGCGGGGCAGCCAGGCUGCGGCGCGCACCCACCCUCGCCCGGCGGCGGGCCUGAGCGCGCCGGGACCUGUUGAGGCCGCCGGCAAAGCAGCGCCGGGGCGGGCCUGGGGCGAGCGAGGAGAUUUCGGUUUUGGCGGCCCGGAGGGGGCUCCAGGCAACCCCCGAGGGAGCCAGGGCGCGGGCCUGGGGCGAGCGAGGAGAUUUCGGUUUUGGCGGCCCGGAGGGGGCUCCAGGCAACCCCCGAGGGAGCCAGGGCGGACAGAGGCGCGGGGCAAGCGGGCGUCCUGGGUCCCCGCACGAACGCGCGCCGGGGAGGACCGCGACCGGGUUCCCAGGCAGGACCCCAUCCCGGGCACAGACGGGGUUCCCCGUGGUGUCUUUUAUUUGCACAAUACUCUGCGAGGCCCGGGGGCCUCCCCCGCCCCCUCGGGAAUCCAGCUCUCCGCGGGGGCCGAGGGGGCCGAGGAGGUGGCAAAGCCGAGCGCGCUGACACACGCGCCUGGAAUUCCCAGGGGGGCCGCCGGCCUCGGCGACCCCUCCGAACUGGGCCGGCCCCAGCCCUUGGGGGCAAGAGGAGGCCGGCUCCCCGACGGGGCGGGGCGCGCACCGAGCUCCUCCUCCCCUCAGGGCCGCCGGGCGCGGUGCCUUCAGGUGCUGCAGCCCUGCCGCCCUGCGCGUCGCCGCCCGCACCUCACAGCCAGCGCGUCACUGGUGCGCAUCCCAGCUGCCUCGGUUGCCCGCUCUGCCUUGCCCCCGACCCCUACCCAGCCACGGGACUGCCAGAGACUUGGGGUGUCCUUUCCCAACCGGGUGCCGCCCUCUGGGGACACGGCGAGGACGAGGCCAGGCCCUCAGGGUCUGCACGCAGGGGCUGAGGAGGAGGCAUUCUGCGACCGGAGCAGCCAGGGACGCUUCCUGGAGGAGGGGGCACGGCGAGGCCCCUUAGGCGCAGGAAGGCAUUCUUGA